AUGCCAUCUCAAAUGGAACAUGUCAUGGAAACAAUGGUGGUCGUAUUUCACAGAUUUGCUGGGGAUAAAUGCUAUUUAACGAAGGAGAUUCUGAGGGUACUCAAGGAAAAAGAGUUCCCUGGGUUUUUGAAAUACCAAAAAGACCCUUUGAUCAUAGGCAAAAUAACGAAGGAUGUAGACCAGUGCCGAGAUGGCAAACUGAGUUUCCAGAGCUUCCUUUGGUUCACUGCUGGGCUUGCCAUCGCACACAAUGACUGUUUUGUAGCACACAUGAAGCAGAAGGGAAAGAAGUAA